CUUGCAGCAGCUCUGCCGCGGGGACUGCACUGUCCGCCCUGCCAGACCCGCCCCGACUGGGGCUCGCCGUCGCCAGCAGUCACAGCACUGCGACUUCGGGCCCUACGCCGGCUAUGGCUGCGUCCUGGGACUGAGCCCGCAGGUUGUGUGACCGAGAUUCCCAAAAAGACAGAGACUGACAGAAGAAGAGAAGAAGGAGGGGCGGGAUCCUGGCAAGGCAUUCGCUCCUGAACAGAGUCCUGCAAAGAUGGAGAAGGAAGAGGAGACAACCCGGGAGCUGCUGCUGCCUAACUGGCAGGGCAGUGGCUCCCAUGGGCUGACCAUUGCCCAGAGGGACGAUGGAGUCUUUGUACAGGAAGUGAUGCAGAACUCCCCUGCGGCCCGCACUGGGGUGGUCAAAGAGGGGGACCAGAUUGUGGGUGCCACCAUCUACUUUGACAACCUGCAGUCUGGUGAGGUGACCCAGCUGCUGAACACCAUGGGGCAUCACACUGUCGGCUUGAAGUUGCACCGUAAGGGGGACCGUUCCCCUGAGCCUGGACAGACCUGGACCCAUGAAGUCUUCAGCUCCCGUAGCUCCGAGGUGGUUCUGAGCGGGGAUGAUGAGGACUACCAGCGCAUCUACACCACAAAGAUCAAGCCACGCCUGAGGUCAGAGGAUGGAGUAGAAGGAGACCUUGGGGAGACCCAGAGCCGUACCAUCACAGUGACCAGAAGGGUCACAGCCUACACUGUGGAUGUGACCGGUCGGGAAGGAGUGAAGGACAUUGACAUCAGCAGCCCUGAGUUCAUGAUCAAGAUACCAAGGCAUGAAGUGACUGAAAUCUCCAACACAGAUGUGGAAAUCCAGUCUGGGAAGACGGUGAUCAGACUGCCCUCGGGAUCGGGGGCAGCUUCUCCAACCACAGGCUCUGCCGUGGAUAUCCGGGCAGGUGCCAUUUCUGCUUCAGGACCAGAGCUCGAGGGUGCUGGCCAAUCACAAUUCCAGGUCACUGUGCCUGGGAUAAAGGUGGGAAGCCCCGACAUCAAUGUCAGUGUGAAAGGCUUGGACUCGGGUGGGAAAGGAGGGAUCCAUGUUCCAGGAGUGGACAUUUCGUCUUCUCUUGGGACUGGCUCAGUAGAGGUACAGGGCCCAUCCCUCCAGAGUGGUGAUGCUGGGAAAAUUAAAAUUCCUACCAUGAAGAUGCCAAAAUUUGGUGUCUCAGCAGGCACGGAGGGCCAGAUUCCAGAGGCAGGGCUGAGUGUUUCUGCACCUGAAUUCUCUGUGGGGCAUAAGGGUGAUAAGCCAGGUUUGACCAUCGGUGGUAACAUCCAGGCUCCUAGUCUGGAAGUCAGUUCCUCCUCUGUCAACACUGAGGGGCUUGGGGGGAAGCUGAAGGGUCCCCAAAUCACUGGGCCAUCACUUGAGAGUGACUUGGGUCUGAAAGGUACCAAGCUGCAGGGGAUCAUAGGAAUGGAUGCCUGUGCUUCCAAAAUUGAGGGCAGCAUCUCUGGUCCCAGUGUGGAAGUUGGAAGCCCUGAUGUUGAUGUUCAUGGGCUAGGGGCCAAACUGAAUAUGCCCAAGAUGAAAGUCCCUAAAUUCUCUGCAUCAGGUUCAAAGGGAGAGGGAGUUGGCAUUGAUGUGACACUGCCCACAGGCGAAGUGACCCUCCCUGGGGUCUCGGGGGAUGUCAGUCAGCCUGAGAUUGCUAUUGGUGGGUUAGAAGGGAAGCUGAAGGGUGCUAAAGUCAAGACUCCUGAAAUGAUUGUCCAGAAACCUAAAAUCUCCAUGCAGGAUGUGGACCUGAGCCUUGGGUCCUGUAAACUGAAAGGAGAUAUGAAGGUGUCUGCUCCUGAGGUGAAAGGUGAUGCUAAAGGCCCUCAGGUGGCAGUUAAAGGCUCCAAAAUGGGUAUAGAGACACCAAACCUAGAGGGGACCUUGACAGGCCCCAAGCUCAGCAGCCCUUCUGGAAAAAUAGGGACCUGUAAGAUCUCCAUGGCAGAUGUAGACUUAAAUGUAGCAGCGCCUAAAGGGAAAGGGGGUGUAGAUGUCACGCUACCCAGAGUAGAAGGGAAAAUCAAAGGUCCUGAAAUUGAUGUCCAAGGCCCCAAAAUGGAUAUCAGUGCUCCAGAUGUGGAAGUUCAUGGCCCAGAAUGGAACUUGAAAAUGCCCAAGAUGAAGAUGCCCAAGUUCAGUGUCCCAGGAGUCAAAGGAGAAGGCCCAGAUGUAGAUGUGACUCUACCCAAAGGAGACAUCAGUAUUUCAGGGCCCAAGGUCAACAUAGAAACCCCAAGUGCCAACAUGGAGAGUCUGGGGGGCAAACUUACAGGCCCUGAUAUUAAUCUGCCUGAAGUGAGUGUCAAGACUCCAAAGAUUUCCAUGCCUGAUGUAGAUCUACACGUCAAGGGCCCAAAGGUGAAGGGAGAGUAUGAUGUAACAACACCAAAGCUUGAGGGGGAGCUGAAAGGCCUCAAAGUGAACGCUGAUGCCCCAGAAGUGAAUGUUCAUGGCCCAGACCUGAAGAUGCCCAAGAUGAAAAUGCCCAAAUUCAGUGUACCAGGAUUCAAAGCAGAGGGCCCAGAAGUGGACGUGAACCUGCCUAAGGCAGAUAUAGACAUUUCUGGGCCUAAGGUGGAGGUCAGUGCUCCAGAUGUGAGCAUCGAAGGACCGGAAGGGAAACUGAAAGGACCUAAGUUUAAGAUGCCUGAAAUGAACAUCAGAGCUCCAAAGAUCUCCAUGCCAGAUGUGGACUUACACUUAAAAGGCCCCAGCGUAAAGGGAGAAUAUGAUGUCACAGUGUCAAGGGCUGAAGGUGAGAUUAAAGUUCCUGAUGUUGAACUUAAAAGUGCCAAAGUGGACAUUGAUGUCCCAAAUGUGGAUGUUCAAGGUCCUGAAUGGCACAUGAAGAUGCCUAAGAUAAAAAUGCCCAAGUUUGGCAUGCCAGGCUUCAAGGCAGAGAGUCCAGAAGUAGAGGUGAAUCUCCCUAAGGCCAACAUUGAUGUCUCAGGACCCAAGGUAGAUGUUAAAGCUCCAGAUGUGAACAUUGAAGGUCCUGAAGGAAAGCUGAAGGGUCCUAAGCUGAAGAUGCCUGAGAUGGAUAUCAAGGCCCCAAAGAUCUCCAUGCCUGAUGUGGAUUUGCAUAUGAAAGGUCCCAAAGUAAAAGGAGAGUUUGAUGUCACAAUGCCAAAGGUUGAAGGAGACUUGAAAGGCCCAAAAGUAGAUGUCACUGCUCCAGAUGUUGACGUUCAUGGUCCUGAUUGGAACUUGAAAAUGCCAAAGAUUAAAAUGCCCAAAUUCAGCAUGCCUAGUCUCAAAGGAGAAGGCCCAGAGUUGGAUGUGAACAUGCCCAAGGCUGAUAUGGACAUUUCUGUACCAAAGCUAGAUAUUAGUGCUCCAGAUUUGAACCUUGAGGGACCAGAAGGGAAGUUGAAAGGCCCUAAGUUUAAGAUGCCUGAGAUGCAUUUCAAGGCUCCAAAGAUGUCUCUACCAGAUGUGGACCUGGAUCUCAAAGGACCCAAAAUGAAAGGAAAUCUAGACAUGUCUGCACCAAAAAUAGAGGGAGAGAUGAAAGUUCCAGAUGUGGACAUCAAAGGUCCGAAGGUAGAUAUUAAAGCACCAGAUGUGGAAGGUCAAGGCCCAGACUGGAGCCUGAAAAUGCCAAAGAUGAAAAUGCCCAAGUUCAGUAUGCCUACUCUCAAAGGUGAGGGUCCAGAUGUGGAUGUGAACCUGCCUAAGGCUAACAUCGAUGUCUCAGGACCUAAAGUUGACAUUGAAACCCCAGAUGUGAGCCUUGAGGGACCAGAAGGAAAGCUAAAGGGCCCCAAGUUUAAGAUGCCUGACAUGCACUUCAAGGCCCCAAAGAUUUCAAUGCCUGAUGUGGACUUAAACUUGAAAGGCCCCAAAGUCAAGGGGGAUAUGGAUGUGACAGUGCCCAAGCUAGAAGGUGAAAUGAAAGUGCCAGAUGUGGACAUCAAAGGGCCUAACGUGGACAUUAGUGCCCCAGAUGUGGAUGUUCAUGGUCCAGACUGGCAACUGAAGAUGCCCAAGAUGAAAAUGCCCAAGUUCAGCAUGCCCGGUUUCAAAGCAGAGGGCCCAGAAGUGGAUGUGAGCCUGCCCAAGGCUGACAUUGAUGUCUCAGGACCGAAAGUUGACAUUGAGACCCCAGAUGUGAGCAUUGAGGGGCCAGAAGGGAAGCUGAAGGGUCCCAAGUUUAAGAUGCCUGACAUGCAUUUCAAGGCUCCUAAGAUCUCCAUGCCUGAUGUGGACUUGAAUAUUAAGGGGCCCAAAGGAAAAGCAGAUAUGGAUGUAUCAUUGCCUGAGGUAGAGGGUGAAAUAAAAGUGCCAGAUGUGGACAUUAAAGGGCCCAAAGUUGGCAUUGAUGCUCCAGAUGUUGAAGUUCAUGGCCCAGACUGGCACCUUAAGAUGCCUAAAAUGAAAAUGCCUAAGUUCAGUAUGCCUGGCUUCAAAGGAGAAGGUCCAGAGGUGGAUAUCCCUAAGGCCAACAUUGAUGUUUCAGGACCCAAGGUAGACAUUGAUGUUCCAGAUGUAAAUAUUGAAGGCCCAGAUGCAAAACUGAAAGGACCAAAAUUUAAGAUGCCAGAAAUGAAUAUAAAGCCUCAGAAGAUAUCCAUGCCAGAUGUUAGCUUGAAUUUGAAAGGCCCUAAAGUGAAAGGAGAAUAUGAUGUCUCAGUUCCAAAAGUGGGAGGAGAAAUAAAAGCUCCUGCUGUUGACGUCAAAGGCCCCAAAGUAGAUGCACCGGAUGUGGAAGUUCAUGGUCCAGACUGGCACCUGAAGAUGCCCAAGGUGAAAAUGCCCAAGUUCAGCAUGCCUGGCUUCAAAGGAGAGGGCCCUGAAGUGGAUGUGAAUCUUCAGAAGGCCAACAUUGAUGUCUCAGGACCCAAAGUGGACAUUGAUGUUCCAGAUGUGAAUAUUGAAGCUCCAGAAGGGAAACUGAAGGGUCCCAAGUUCAAGAUGCCGAGCAUGAAUAUACAGACACACAAAAUCUCUAUGCCUGAUGUUGGGCUUAAUCUGAAAGGACCUAAACUGAAAAGUGAUGUAGAUGUUUCUCUUCCGAAAGUAGAAGGAGAUUUGAAAGGUCCUGAAGUUGAUGUUAAAGUCCCUAAGAUGGAUGUGGAUGUUGGUGAUAUUGAUAUUGAAUGUCCAGAAGGGAAACUGAAGGGCCCCAAGUUUAAGAUGCCUGACAUGCACUUCAAGGCCCCUAAGAUCUCCAUGCCUGAUGUGGACUUACAUUUGAAAGGCCCCAAAGUCAAAGGGGAUAUGGAUGUGACUGUACCUAAGGUAGAAGGUGAAAUGAAAGUUCCAGAUGUGGAUAUCAAGGGCCCCAAAGUGGACAUUAAUGCCCCAGAUGUGGAUGUUCAUGGGCCAGACUGGCACCUGAAGAUGCCCAAGGUGAAAAUGCCCAAGUUCAGCAUGCCUGGCUUCAAAGGAGAGGGUCCAGAUGUAGACGUGAAUCUACCAAAGGCUGACAUUGAUGUCUCAGGGCCUAAGGUGGACAUUGAUACUCCUGACUUAGAUAUUGAAGGGCCAGAAGGAAAACUGAAAGGCUCCAAAUUUAAGAUGCCCAAGUUGAACAUCAAGACUCCCAAGAUCUCCAUGCCAGAUGUGGACUUGAAUUUGAAGGGGCCCAAACUGAAAGGAGAGAUAGAUGCUUCUGUGCCAGAAAUGGGGGCUGAUCUCAGAGGUCAUCAAAUUGAUGUCAAAGGCCCUAGUAUGGAAGUGAAAGUGCCUGAUGUUGACCUGGAAUGUCCUGAUGCAAAAUUGAAAGGCCCCAAGUUUAAGAUGCCUGACAUGCACUUCAAGGCCCCAAAGAUUUCCAUGCCUGAUGUGGACUUACACUUGAAAGGCCCCAAAGUCAAGGGGGAUAUGGAUGUGACAAUGCCCAAGCUAGAGGGAGAAUUAAAAGGCCCCAGUGUGGAUGUGGAAAUGCCUGAUGUUGACCUAGAAUGUCCUGAUGCAAAGUUGAAAGGCCCCAAGUUUAAGAUGCCUGACAUGCACUUCAAGGCCCCAAAGAUUUCAAUGCCUGAUGUGGACUUACAUUUGAAAGGCCCCAAAGUCAAGGGGGAUAUGGAUGUGACAGUGCCCAAGCUAGAAGGUGAAAUGAAAGUGCCAGAUGUGGACAUCAAAGGGCCUAAUGUGGACAUUAAUGCCCCAGAUGUGGAUGUUCAUGGUCCAGACUGGCACCUGAAGAUGCCCAAGAUGAAAAUGCCCAAGUUCAGCAUGCCCGGGUUCAAAGCAGAGGGCCCAGAAGUGGAUGUGAGCCUGCCUAAGGCUGACAUUGAUGUCUCAGGACCGAAAGUUGACAUUGAGACCCCAGAUGUGAGCAUUGAGGGGCCAGAAGGGAAGCUGAAGGGUCCCAAGUUUAAGAUGCCUGACAUGCAUUUCAAGGCUCCUAAGAUCUCCAUGCCUGAUGUGGACUUACACUUGAAAGGCCCUAAAGUCAAGGGGGAUAUGGAUGUGACAGUGCCCAAACUGGAAGGAGAAUUAAAAGGCCCCAGUGUGGAUGUGGAAAUGCCUGAUGUUGACCUGGAAUGUCCUGAUGCAAAGUUGAAAGGCCCCAAGUUUAAGAUGCCUGACAUGCACUUCAAGGCCCCAAAGAUUUCCAUGCCUGAUGUGGACUUACACUUGAAAGGCCCCAAAGUCAAGGGGGAUAUGGAUGUGACAAUGCCCAAGCUAGAGGGAGAAUUAAAAGGCCCCAGUGUGGAUGUGGAAAUGCCUGAUGUUGACCUAGAAUGUCCUGAUGCAAAGUUGAAAGGCCCCAAGUUUAAGAUGCCUGACAUGCACUUCAAGGCCCCAAAGAUUUCAAUGCCUGAUGUGGAUUUACAUUUGAAAGGCCCCAAAGUCAAGGGGGAUAUGGAUGUGACAGUGCCCAAGCUAGAAGGUGAAAUGAAAGUGCCAGAUGUGGACAUCAAAGGGCCUAAUGUGGACAUUAAUGCCCCAGAUGUGGAUGUUCAUGGUCCAGACUGGCACCUGAAGAUGCCCAAGAUGAAAAUGCCCAAGUUCAGCAUGCCUGGCUUCAAAGGAGAAGGCCCAGAAGUGGAUGUGAACUUGCCCAAGGCUGACAUUGAUGUCUCAGGACCCAAGGUGGAUGUUGAUGUCCCUGAUGUGAGCAUUGAAGGACCAGAAGGGAAGCUGAAGGGUCCCAAGUUUAAGAUGCCUGACAUGCAUUUCAAGGCCCCUAAGAUCUCUAUGCCUGAUGUUGAUUUCAACUUAAAGGGUCCUAAAAUCAAAGGAGAUAUUGAUGUUUCAGUCCCAAAGAUUGAGGGAGAACUACAGGGUCCAGAACUGGAUGUCAAGGGCCCCAAAUUGGACGCCGACAUGCCAGAAGUAGCUGUGGAAGGCCCAGAAGGUAAAUGGAAAAGUCCUAAAUUCAAGAUGCCAGACAUGCACUUUAAAGCUCCCAAAAUCUCCAUGCCAGACAUUGACCUUCACUUAAAGGGUCCGAAGAUAAAGGGAGAAGUUGAUGUAGAUGUUCCCAAAUUGGAAGGAGAUAUCAAAGGGCCAAAUGUGGACCUGAGUGGGCCAGACAUUGAGAUUGAAGGACCAGAAGGAAAAUUGAAAGGUCCUAAGUUCAAGAUGCCUGAAAUGAACAUCAAAGCCCCCAAGAUCUCCAUGCCUGAUUUGCAUCUUAAGGGUCCCAAACUAAAGGGAGAUGUGGAUGUGUCCUUGCCCAAAGUGGAAGGUGACCUCAAGGGCCCAGAGGUUGACAUCAAAGGCCCCAAAGUGGACAUUAGUGCUCCAGAUGUGGAUGUUCAGGGCCCAGACUGGCACCUGAAGAUGCCCAAGAUGAAAAUGCCCAAGUUCAGCAUGCCUGGCUUCAAAGGAGAGGGCCCAGAAGUGGAUGUGAGCCUGCCCAAGGCUGACAUUGAUGUCUCAGGACCCAAGGUGGACAUUGAAGGCCCUGAUGUAAACAUUGAAGGACCAGAAGGAAAGUUGAAAGGUCCUAAGUUCAAGAUGCCUGAGAUGAACAUCAAAGCCCCCAAGAUCUCCAUGCCGGACAUUGAUCUCAACCUGAAAGGUCCCAAAGUAAAGGGUGACGUGGAUGUGUCUCUGCCCAAAGUGGAAGGUGAGAUCAAAGUUCCUGAAGUUGACAUCAAAGGCCCCAAAGUGGACAUUGAUGUUCCAGAUGUGGAUGUUCAUGGUCCAGACUGGCACCUGAAGAUGCCCAAAAUAAAAAUGCCCAAGUUCAGCAUGCCUGGCUUCAAAGGAGAGGGCCCAGAAGUGGAUGUGAACCUGCCCAAGGCUGACAUUGAUGUCUCAGGACCCAAGGUGGACAUUGAUGUUCCAGAUGUGAAUAUUGAAGGUCCAGAUGCAAAACUGAAGGGCCCCAAGUUCAAGAUGCCUGAAAUGAACAUCAAAGCCCCCAAGAUCUCCAUGCCUGAUUUGCAUCUUAAGGGUCCCAAACUAAAGGGAGAUGUGGAUGUGUCCUUGCCCAAAGUGGAAGGUGACCUCAAGGGCCCAGAGGUUGACAUCAAAGGCCCCAAAGUGGACAUUAGUGCUCCAGAUGUGGAUGUUCAGGGCCCAGACUGGCACCUGAAGAUGCCCAAGAUGAAAAUGCCCAAGUUCAGCAUGCCUGGCUUCAAAGGAGAGGGCCCAGAAGUGGAUGUGAACCUGCCCAAGGCUGACAUUGAUGUCUCAGGACCCAAGGUGGACAUUGAAGGCCCUGAUGUAAACAUUGAAGGACCAGAGGGAAAGUUGAAAGGUCCUAAGUUCAAGAUGCCUGAAAUGAACAUCAAAGCCCCCAAGAUCUCCAUGCCUGAUAUUGAUCUCAAUCUGAAAGGUCCCAAAGUGAAGGGUGAUAUGGACGUGUCUCUGCCCAAAGUGGAAGGGGAGAUUAAAGUUCCUGAAGUUGACAUCAAAGGCCCCAAAGUGGACAUUGAUGUUCCAGAUGUGGAUGUUCAUGGUCCAGACUGGCACCUGAAGAUGCCCAAGGUGAAAAUGCCCAAGUUCAGCAUGCCUGGCUUCAAAGGAGAGGGCCCUGAAGUGGAUGUGAGCCUGCCGAAGGCUGACAUUGAUGUCUCAGGACCCAAGGUGGACAUUGAUGUUCCAGAUGUGAAUAUUGAAGGUCCAGAUGCAAAACUGAAGGGUCCUAAAUUCAAGAUGCCAGAGAUGAACAUCAAGGCUCCUAAGAUCUCAAUGCCUGAUUUGGACCUUAAUCUUAAAGGCCCCAAAGUGAAAGGGGAUGUGGAUGUUUCACUUCCAAAUGUAGAGGGUGAUUUGAAAGGGCCUUCUCUUGACAUAAAGGGUCCAAAAUUAAAUGUAAAUGCUCCAGAUAUGGACAUUCAUGGUCCUGAGGGCAAAUUAAAAGGUCCCAAACUGAAAAUGCCUGACAUGCAUGUAAACAUGCCCAAGAUCUCCAUGCCUGAAAUUGACUUGAAUUUAAAGGGCUCAAAGCUUAAGGGAGAUGUUGAUAUCUCUGGACCCAAACUGGAGGGUGACAUUAAAACUCCCAAGUUGGAUGUGAAGGGCCCAGAAGUGGACAUUUCCGCUCCCAAGGUUAAUAUUGAAGGAAAAUCAAAGAAAUCUCGUUUUAAGCUUCCUAAAUUUAAUUUUUCUGGGUCCAAAGUUCAGACACCUGACAUGGAUGUCAAAGUUAAAAAGCCAGAUGUUGAUGUAACAGCUCCAAAAGUUGAUAUUAAUGCUCCAGAAGUUGAAGUCCAAGGCAAAGUGAAAGGAUCCAAGUUUAAAAUGCCUUUCCUGAGUAUUUCAUCUCCCAAAGUUUCUAUGCCUGAUGUGGAGCUAAAUUUGAAAGGUCCUAAAGUUAAAGGAGACUUAGAUGUAGCAGGCCCAAAUUUAGAAGGAGACUUUAAGAGUCCCAACGUGGAUAUUAAAGCACCAGAAGUUCAUCUUAAUGCACCUGAUGUGGAUGUUCAUGGUCCAGAAUGGAAUCUGAAGAUGCCCAAGAUGAAAAUGCCCAAAUUCAGUGUGUCUGGUUCCAAAGCAGAAGGGCCUGAUGUGGCUAUGGAUUUACCAAAAGGAGACAUCAAUAUAGAAGGUCCCAGUGUGAAUAUUGAGGGCCCAGAACUCAAUGUGGAAUGUCCAGAGGGAAGCUUAAAAGGCCCCAAAUUUAAGAUGCCUGAAAUGAACAUCAAAACCCCCAAGAUCUCUAUGCCUGACAUUGACUUAAACCUGAAAGGUCCCAAGGUAAAAGGAGAUGUAGAUGUUUCUCUUCCCAAACUUGAAGGGGAUCUUAAAGGGCCAAAGGUUGACAUCAAAGGCCCCAAAGUGGACAUUAAUGCUCCAGAUGUGGAUGUUCAUGGUCCAGACUGGCAUCUGAAGAUGCCCAAGGUGAAAAUGCCAAAAUUUAGCAUGCCUGGCUUCAAAGGAGAGGGCCCUGAGGUGGAUGUGAACCUGCCGAAGGCUGACAUUGAUGUCUCAGGACCCAAGGUGGACAUUGAUGUUCCAGAUGUGAAUAUUGAAGGUCCAGAUGCAAAACUGAAGGGUCCCAAGUUCAAGAUGCCUGAGAUGAACAUCAAAGCUCCUAAGAUCUCCAUGCCUGACUUUGAUCUGAAUCUGAAAGGUCCAAAAUUGAAAGGAGAUGUGGAUGUGUCCUUGCCCAAAAUGGAAGGUGACCUCAAGGGCCCAGAGGUGGAUAUUACAGGCCCUAAACUGGACAUUGACAUUCCUGAUGUUAGCAUUGAAGGUCCAGAGGGCAAACUGAAGGGUCCCAAGUUUAAGAUGCCUGAGAUGAACAUCAAAGCCCCCAAGAUCUCCAUGCCGGACAUUGAUCUCAACCUGAAAGGUCCCAAAGUAAAGGGUGACGUGGAUGUGUCUCUGCCCAAAGUGGAAGGUGAGAUCAAAGUUCCUGAAGUUGACAUCAAAGGCCCCAAAGUGGACAUUGAUGUUCCAGAUGUGGAUGUUCAUGGUCCAGACUGGCACCUGAAGAUGCCCAAAAUAAAAAUGCCCAAGUUCAGCAUGCCUGGCUUCAAAGGAGAGGGCCCAGAAGUGGAUGUGAACCUGCCCAAGGCUGACAUUGAUGUCUCAGGACCCAAGGUGGACAUUGAUGUUCCAGAUGUGAAUAUUGAAGGUCCAGAUGCAAAACUGAAGGGCCCCAAGUUCAAGAUGCCUGAAAUGAACAUCAAAGCCCCCAAGAUCUCCAUGCCUGAUUUGCAUCUUAAGGGUCCCAAACUAAAGGGAGAUGUGGAUGUGUCCUUGCCCAAAGUGGAAGGUGACCUCAAGGGCCCAGAGGUUGACAUCAAAGGCCCCAAAGUGGACAUUAGUGCUCCAGAUGUGGAUGUUCAGGGCCCAGACUGGCACCUGAAGAUGCCCAAGAUGAAAAUGCCCAAGUUCAGCAUGCCUGGCUUCAAAGGAGAGGGCCCAGAAGUGGAUGUGAGCCUGCCCAAGGCUGACAUUGAUGUCUCAGGACCCAAGGUGGACAUUGAAGGCCCUGAUGUAAACAUUGAAGGACCAGAAGGAAAGUUGAAAGGUCCUAAGUUCAAGAUGCCUGAGAUGAACAUCAAAGCCCCCAAGAUCUCCAUGCCGGACAUUGAUCUCAACCUGAAAGGUCCCAAAGUAAAGGGUGACGUGGAUGUGUCUCUGCCCAAAGUGGAAGGUGAGAUCAAAGUUCCUGAAGUUGACAUCAAAGGCCCCAAAGUGGACAUUGAUGUUCCAGAUGUGGAUGUUCAUGGUCCAGACUGGCACCUGAAGAUGCCCAAAAUAAAAAUGCCCAAGUUCAGCAUGCCUGGCUUCAAAGGAGAGGGCCCAGAAGUGGAUGUGAGCCUGCCCAAGGCUGACAUUGAUGUCUCAGGACCCAAGGUGGACAUUGAUGUUCCAGAUGUGAAUAUUGAAGGUCCAGAUGCAAAACUGAAGGGCCCCAAGUUCAAGAUGCCUGAAAUGAACAUCAAAGCCCCCAAGAUCUCCAUGCCUGAUUUGCAUCUUAAGGGUCCCAAACUAAAGGGAGAUGUGGAUGUGUCCUUGCCCAAAGUGGAAGGUGACCUCAAGGGCCCAGAGGUUGACAUUAAAGGCCCAAAAGUCGACAUAGAUGUUCCAGAUGUGGAUGUUCAUGGUCCAGACUGGCACCUGAAGAUGCCCAAGGUGAAAAUGCCCAAGUUCAGCAUGCCUGGCUUCAAAGGAGAGGGCCCUGAAGUGGAUGUGAACCUGCCCAAGGCUGAUAUUGAUGUCUCAGGACCCAAGGUGGACAUUGACACUCCUGACAUUGACAUUCAUGGCCCAGAAGGAAAACUAAAGGGCCCCAAGUUUAAAAUGCCUGAUCUUCACCUCAAGGCACCCAAGAUCUCCAUGCCUGAUAUUGACUUAAACUUAAAAGGUCCCAAAGUAAAGGGUGAUGUGGACGUGUCUCUGCCCAAAGUGGAAGGUGAGAUCAAAGUUCCUGAAGUUGACAUCAAAGGCCCCAAAGUGGACAUUGAUGUUCCAGAUGUGGAUGUUCAUGGUCCAGACUGGCACCUGAAGAUGCCCAAGGUGAAAAUGCCCAAGUUCAGCAUGCCUGGCUUCAAAGGAGAGGGCCCUGAAGUGGAUGUGAGCCUACCGAAGGCUGACAUUGAUGUCUCAGGACCCAAGGUGGACAUUGAUGUUCCAGAUGUGAAUAUUGAAGGUCCAGAUGCAAAACUGAAGGGUCCUAAGUUCAAGAUGCCUGAGAUGAACAUCAAAGCCCCAAAGAUCUCCAUGCCUGACUUUGAUUUGCAUCUGAAAGGUCCUAAACUGAAGGGAGAUGUGGAUGCUUCCUUGCCUAAAAUGGAAGGUGAACUAAAGGGCCCUGGAAUUGAUAUCAAGGGCCCCAGUGUGGAUAUUGACACUCCUGAUGUCAAUAUCGAAGGUCCAGAAGGAAAAUUAAAGGGACCCAAAUUUAAAAUGCCAGACAUGCAUAUUAAAGCUCCCAAGAUUUCCAUGCCUGACUUUGACUUAAACCUUAAAGGACCCAAGGUAAAAGGAGAUGUGGACCUUGCAUUGCCUAAGUUGGAAGGUGAUCUCAGAGGGCCAGAGAUAGACAUUGAGGGUCCUGAAGGAAAACUCAAAGGCCCCAAAUUUAAAAUGCCAGAUGUCCAUUUCAAAACCCCACAAAUUUCAAUGAGUGACAUUGAUUUGAACAUGAAGGGACCUAAGAUAAAGGGAGAUUUGGACAUUUCGGUUCCUAAACCAGAAGGGGAUUUGAAAGGUCCCAAAGUGGAUGUCAAAGGCCCUCAACUGGACAUUGACACUCCUGACAUUCAUGGCCCAGAAGGGAAACUGAAGGGCCCCAAGUUUAAAAUGCCUGAUCUCCACCUCAAGGCACCCAAGAUCUCAAUGCCAGAAGUUGACCUGAAUCUGAAAGGGCCAAAGGUGAAGGGAGAUGUAGAUGUUUCUCUGCCCAAAGUGGAAGGAGACCUCAAAGGUCCUGAAGUUGAUAUCAAAGGCCCCAAAGUGGACAUUGAUGUUCCAGAUGUGGAUGUUCAUGGUCCAGACUGGCACCUGAAGAUGCCCAAGGUGAAAAUGCCCAAGUUCAGCAUGCCUGGCUUCAAAGGAGAGGGUCCUGAAGUGGAUGUGAGCCUGCCGAAGGCUGACAUUGAUGUCUCAGGACCCAAGGUGGACGUUGAUGUUCCAGAUGUGAAUAUUGAAGGUCCAGAUGCAAAACUUAAGGGCCCCAAGUUCAAGAUGCCUGAGAUGAACAUCAAAGCCCCCAAGAUCUCCAUGCCGGACAUUGAUCUCAACCUGAAAGGUCCCAAAGUAAAGGGUGACGUGGAUGUGUCUCUGCCCAAAGUGGAAGGUGAGAUCAAAGUUCCUGAAGUUGACAUCAAAGGCCCCAAAGUGGACAUUGAUGUUCCAGAUGUGGAUGUUCAUGGUCCAGACUGGCACCUGAAGAUGCCCAAAAUAAAAAUGCCCAAGUUCAGCAUGCCUGGCUUCAAAGGAGAGGGCCCAGAAGUGGAUGUGAACCUGCCCAAGGCUGACAUUGAUGUCUCAGGACCCAAGGUGGACAUUGAUGUUCCAGAUGUGAAUAUUGAAGGUCCAGAUGCAAAACUGAAGGGCCCCAAGUUCAAGAUGCCUGAGAUUAACAUCAAGGCUCCAAAGAUCUCUAUGCCUGAUGUAGAUCUGGAGUUAAAAGGACCCAAAGUAAAAGGAGACUUUGACAUGUCCAUUCCUAAGAUUGAAGGUAGUCUCAAAGGUCCUGAAGUAGACCUGAAAGGUCCAGGUCUAGAUUUUGAAGGCCCUGAUGCUAAACUAAGUGGCCCUAACUUGAAGAUGCCAUCACUGGAUGUAUCUGCUCCUAAAGUAACUGGACCUGAUGUUAAUUUGCACCUGAAGACACCAAAAAUUGGAGUUUCUGGGCCUAAGUUAGGAGGUGGUGAAGUGGACCUCAAGGGGCCCAAAGUUGAUUUAGAAACUCCAAGCCUAGAUGUCCACAUGGAGAGCCCAGAUAUUAAUAUCGAGGGGCCGGAUGUUAAAAUUCCAAAGUUUAAGAAACCCAAGUUUGGAUUUGGUGCCAAAAGCCCUAAAGCUGACAUCAAGACACCAUCAGUUGAUGUGACUGUCCCUGAAGCAGAGCUGAGUGUUGAGACUCCUGAAGUAAGCAUUGGUGGAAAAGGCAAGAAAAGCAAGUUUAAAAUGCCUAAAAUUCACAUGAGUGGUCCUAAAGUUAAGGCCAAAAAGCAGGGAUUUGAUUUGAACGUUCCUGGAGGCGAGAUUGAUGCCAGUCUCAAGACUCCUGAAGUGGAUGUCGGUGUUGCCGGGCCUGAUGCUACACUCAAAGUUGAUGUAAAGUCUCCCAAAGUCAAAAAAACCAUGUUUGGGAAAAUGUACUUCCCAGAUGUAGAAUUUGACAUUAAGUCACCUAAAUUUAAAGCAGAGGCUUCUCUACCUAGCCCCAAGCUUGAGGGUGAAAUCAAGGUACCUGAUCUGGAUAUUUCUUCACCAGGGAUUAAUGUGGAAGCUCCUGAUAUCCAUGUGAAGGCUCCCAAGUUCAAGGUGCCAGGCGUGGAUGUCUCAGGGCCAAAGAUAGAGGGCAACUUGAAAGGUCCUAAGGUUCAGGCAAACUUGGACACACCUGACAUCAAUAUUGAAGGCUCUGAUGCCAAAAUCAAAGCACCCUCGUUCAGUGUUUCUGCUCCUCAAGUCUCCAUACCUGAUGUGAAUGUUAAGUUGAAAGGACCAAAGAUAAAGGGUGAUGCUCCCAGUGUGGGACUGGAAGGACCUGACGUAGAUUUGCAAGGUCCAGAAGGAAAAAUCAAGUUCCCUAAGUUUUCACUGCCCAAGAUCAGUGCCCCUGGUGUGAAAAUGGAAGGUGGAGGCACUGAGAUCUGUGCCCAGAUGCCCUCUCUUGAAGGAGGCUUGAAUUUUGAAGGGCCUGAUAUGUCUCUGAAAGGCCCAGGAGUGGACUUGCCUUCGGUGGACCUCUCUAUGCCAAAAGUUUCUGGGCCUGAUCUUGACCUGAACUUGAAAGGACCAAGUUUGAAGGGAGAUCUGGAUGCAUCCAGUCCCAGCAUGAAGCUGCAUGCCCCGGGUUUUGACCUCAAAGGUGUUGGUGGAAAAGUACAGAUAGGAGGGGAUGGUGUGAAAAUGUCAGGGAUUGAUGCCACAACAGCACUCAAUGUGGGGGCACCAGAUGUGACACUGAAGGAACCAAGCCUACAGGGAGAUCUGGCUAUGUCUGGGGACAUCAAGUGCCCUAAAAUAUCUGUGGGUGCUCCCGAUCUCAGCUUGGAGGCCUCAGAAGGUGGUGUCAAACUUCCCCACAUGAAGCUGCCUCAGUUCGGCAUCUCCACUCCGGGGUCCGACUUGGACAUUAACAUCAAGGGGCCACAAGUUUGUGGAGAACUAAGGGGGCCAGGGAUGGAUGUGAACCUGAAGGGGCCCCAGAUCUCAGCUCCAAGCGUGGACUUCAACAUGGAAGGACCAAAAGUGAAGGGGGGCUUCGGGGCCGCUGGUGAAUUAAAAGGCCCAACAGUUGGGGGAAGCCUUCUGGGUGUCAGUGUUCAAGGCCUAGAAGGAAAUCUCCAAAUGCCUGGAAUUAAGGCUUCUGGGUGUGAUGUGAAACUCCCAACGGGGCAGCUUUCUGGUCCUGAAAUUAAAGGAGAUCUGAAAGGCUCAGGUAUAGGUCUCCAUGGGGCUGUCCCUGAUAUCAGUGUCAAAGGGCCUUCCUUUAACACAGCAUCUCCUGAGUCAGAUUUUGGUGUCAGCUUGAAGGGCCCCAAAGUCAAAGGAGGUAUAGAUGUUUCAGGGGGUGUCGGUGUCCCAGAUAUCAACCUGGGUGAAGGGCAUAUGAGUGUCAAAGGCUCUGGGGCUGAGUGGAAGGGACCCCAAGUCUCCUCCUCUCUAAACUUGGAUACAUCUAAACUUGCUGGGAACCUUCAUUUCUCAGGACCAAAGAUAGAAGGAGGUGUGAAAGGAGGCCAGAUUGGACUCCAAGGUCCUGGGCUGAGUGUGUCUGGGCCUCAAGGUCACUUGGAAAGUGGAUCUGGAAAAGUAACAUUCCCCAAGAUGAAGAUCCCCAAAUUUACCUUCUCUGGCCGUGAGCUCAUUGGCAGAGAAGUAGGGGUGGAUGUUAAUUUCCCUAAAGUAGAGGCCAAUGUGCAGGCUGGUGCAGGAGAAGGCGAGUGGGAAGAGUCUGAAGUAAAACUUAAAAAAUCCAAAAUCAAAAUGCCCAAGUUUAAUUUUUCCAAACCUAAAGGGAAAGGCAGUGUUACCGGCUCACCAGAAGCAUCCAUUUCUGGGUCCAAAGGGGACCUGAAGAGCUCAAAGGCCAGCUUGGGAUCUCUGGAAGGAGAAGCAGACGCUGAAGCAUCUUCACCAAAAGGCAAAUUCUCCCUCUUUAAAAGUAAGAAGCCAAGACACCGCUCCAACUCUUUCAGUGAUGAGAGGGAGUUCUCGGCGCCUUCCACCCCAACCGGGACUUUGGAGUUUGCAGGUGGAGAAGCUAAAGGCAAACACGGGAAGCUGAAAUUUGGUACCUUUGGUGGGUUGGGGUCAAAGAGCAAAGGUCAUUAUGAGGUGACUGGGAGUGAUGAUGAGGCAGUCAAGUUACAGGGAAGUGGAGUGUCCUUGGCCUCAAAGAAGUCCCGGCUGUCUUCCUCCUCUAGUAACGACAGUGGGACUAAGGUUGGCAUCCAGCUUCCUGAGGUAGAACUAUCAAUUUCCACAAAGAAAGAGUAGUGGGCCUUGUUUGUGUGUACAUAUAUAUAUAAGACUGCAUCAGCCUGGGUGUGUUUGUAUAUAAACUCCAAAGAGAAACACCCCAACAGCCUCAGCAAUAAUGCAAAGAUCUUGCCUCUAUCAGUGGCAAGGGCUGACAAACCAAGGGCCUCUAGGCCCCUGGGACUCUGCAGCUAGGUAAAGACUUCUAAAUUCAUCUGGCCCAUGUGCAAAGUCAACAGUAUUUGCCUUAAGAUUUCAGUUUUUUGUUUCUUAUUUUUUCUUUUCUUUCUUUCUUUUUUUUUGCAUUGAACGCUGAGAGCUCGUGUUUACUAAGCAAGCUUCUGUGUUUAUCAUCCUUAUUUUUACUGAACAUUGUUAGUACCUGGGUAAUGGAAACCCAUUUUUUUUCAUUGUAAUGACUUUGGGGGCUUCUGUGAGUAAGGGAGGGUGAGAUAAAAGGUUGCAGGUCUUCAUUGCUCGGAAGGUUGGAUGUGUACAAAUAGCAGCACGCUGACAUGGCUCAGAGGAGGUGGUAGCCAGUGGGUGGUGGUUCUCAAAUAUCUGUAGCAUGACUUUUAAUCCCCAGGUGUGUUAGUCCCAGCCUAGUCUGGUACUCAAGGUGAGAGGGGGAUUUGAAUCUGUUUGCAAACUGUCCAACCCACCAGGUCAAUGUGAAGGGCUUCCAUUCUGGGCUUGGUAAGAAAAGUGUUCAUUCAUGACUGCCAUGUUCUGGGAAAAACUCUGAUUUCUUUUAACAAAUGUCAUCGUGAUAAAGGAAAUGUCUGGCACUUUAAUGGCAAAUUAAUUGAGAAUGUAAGAAAGUUGAUGCUGUACAAGGCAAAUAAAGCCAUUUAUUAACCCUGA